AUGGCCUUCUUUAUCCUCACCAUCGUGUAUCUUCCUUAUUUCUCAAAUUUUCUCCAGCAAAUCUUGAUCAAAUAUCAUGCCACCCCCAUUGGUGGUCAGGCCCCACUGAUGGUGUAUCUCACAAACUACCUCUCGCCAACCCCUCACUUACUCAACCUCACACCACAUCUUCCUACAGACGA